AUGUGGUCUAAACUCCAGCCGUCCGUAAAGAGACUCUGGCUCGGCGCCGGCGGGUUAUUCAUCGCGGGCAACCUCUUCAAAUAUUAUACUUGGGUCAUUGCGCACGACGCUGUCAGCAAGGUCGAGCAGGAGGCGCACGAGGACGCGAGCCGGCAACUGCGCGAAGCAAGAGACUCGGCCCAGAAGUACGCGCUGCCGCCGCUGAAAAAGUAAUGACCACUGCAGCGCGUCUCGCGCGCCUCGGCCUCCGCCUCGGGCCCCUGGGCGCGCCGACGCUCGUCGCGAGUUUCGCGCCGCCGCGGCCGCGCGUCGGAGCGCUCGUGCUCAUCCCGCACGGUAGGACGCCUUCGAACCAACGGCUGAUCUUCCAGAACCACUCCGAGGGGCCCGACGCGACGCUGUUACCGGAGUCGCUCGUCGAAGCCGGCAAAGGCGCCGAGGUGUUUCUGGACGCCUUCGGCGACCGCCUCGAGAGGUGCAGCUUCCGGCGGUCGCCGCUGCACCGCUGCGCUCAGACGUGGGAAGCCUACACAGCCGUCUUAGCGGACCGCGGCCUGGAGGUUCCCGAGAUCGCGGUCGACGAGGCGCUCGUCGAGAUCGACCACGCGAGCUGGCACGGCAAGACCGUCGACGACCUCUCGGGCGCGGACCGCGCCUCCGCCGCCGCGCAUCGGGCUGGCGACGUGCUUGCGAAGCCUCCCGACGGCGAGUCGCAGCUCGACGUGCUCGAGAGGGCGGCCGCUUGGGUCCAUGGGCUCGACGCGCCCGACCGCGUCGUCGUCGCGUUCGGCCACGGGACGAUGCAGAACGCGAUCGAGGUGGUGCUCCGGACGUACGGAUCGCGGCCGCCGGCCGAGGUCUUUACGCGCGUGCCGGGCAAGUCCCAUCUCAAGCGCGGGUUCCCGCACGUCGUGUUCGACGCUGACGGUGGGGCGCUGGGUCCGCUCGGGUAGCGUCGCUCGCGUGUUUAUAUGUUUUAAGUAAGAAGUUCCUAAUCGCGCGUCGAUGGCGUACUGGUGGCGAGAAAAUAUCACGCACGCUGUUAGAUGUUACGGUGCUAGGACUAGUAAAACCUAAGCUUACCCUAGCGCAUAGCCCCUCUAGCCCGGCUGCAUGCGAUCGCGCAGUAAAGUAGGGUGCACUCGCCCCACGCAUUGGCAUUCGUCGCCCAUUAUUGCGGGCGGGCACACACGCAUACCAUAGACCCAACUGCUGGGUCUUGUGGCACGGUUCGUGCAACACUGCUGCUAAUUGCACUGCUGCUAAAAUUGCACAGCACAAACUCACACAUCAAACGCAAGCAUGCAGCGCUUCCGAGCGGCCCAGAAUACGCUGGUGCUCUGCGCCUCCACGUUGGCCCUGGCCCCCAAGACCGUGAUCCUCGUGAGACAUGGAGCAGUGAACCGCGAAGCCGCAGGAUUAACCCCAGACGGCCUUUAUGGAGGUGAUGUGGAUGUACCGCUGAGCGAACGAGGCGAGGCCGAGGCGCGAGCGGCCGCACAGUUCGUCGCCGAUACCUUCGGCAGCAAGGUGACCUCCGUUUUUGCGUCGCCGAUGAAGCGCGCCAUGUACGGCGCCGAGCGCACCGUCGAAGCCCUCGGCAAAUCCAUGAGUGUAGAAGCGAGGGAGGCCUUCCGCGAAGUUAGGAGGGGCGACUGGGUCGACAAGAGCAUCGACCAAGUCAGCAAGGAGUACCCGGGCGAGGACAUGCAACGGUUUUUAGAUGAUUACGACUUCAACCCCGCGGGCGGCGGCGAGUCCGUCAAUGAAGUGCAAGCUCGGGCGAAGAAGUGCCUGCUGGAGGACGUGUUACCUUCUAUUAACGAGGGAGAGUGCGCCGUCGUCGUGUCGCACCUCUUCAUCACGCGGUCGCUGCUGUCGUUCGCGGAGCCGAGCACGCCCGUCGCGGAAAUCUCCGUGCCGACGGCGAGCGUGUCCACUUUGGAAUUUACCGGAGACGACGUGUCCAUCGACCUGCGGGGCGUCAAGCCGGAGCUCAGCGCGGAGGACGACGCGCGGCUCGCGCCGGGGUCCGCGGCACCCGACGUUUGGCUCAACGGCGCUGCGCGGCGGGGGUGA